AUGCCUUUGAAAAUCAAGUUCUCAAGGAGGCCAGACCCUCCGGAAGAGCCAGCGCCUGCACCAGCGCCCGUGCCGACACCCGCGCCUGCGCCCGCCGAAACUCCUCAACCUCCGCGCAAGCUCACGCUCAAGAUCGCACGAAAAUCACAACCCGAGAGCGAAGAGAAACCAAAGAAGAAGAAAUCAAAGAAGCGACCGGCGGAAAGCGCCGCGCCGGAGCUCGAGCCUGAGCCUGAACCCGAGACGACCCAAGGCCCCAAGCGGAUAAAGCUGAUCCCAUCCAAAAAGCCUGCGUUACAAUCAAUCCGCAUCAAAAACAAGGGAAUCGUUCCCAACCGACCAGUGGGCGUAGGUUAUGACUCCGAAGCCUCGGACACCGAAAAUGAUCCAGCCAUCGAAGAACAGUUCAUCCUGCGCAUGCUCCCGGGCGAGGACUGUGAGCAUCUGAGGAAAUUAAUCAACGAAAGGGCAAUCAAAGGAAGUGAAUUCGGAUUCAAACCCCUCACACGUGAGGGCCGGCGCGCCGUCGUGAAGAUUCGGGACCAUCAAUAUGCGGCAGCGCUGGUGGAUCUGCCCUGCAUCAUCGAGGGCAUGAAGAGUUGGGACCGACGAGGCUGGUACAAGUCGGCAGAUAUUUGUCAAAUGCUCUUGGUGCUGGGACGCGUCAACAGUGACCAAGAAGCGAUGGAAUACCCACUUCCCCCGGACGUUGAAUGCCCCGAUGAAAAGACACUUCAAUACCCACACGGACUCGCACCACCCCUCCGCUGGGUUCGCAAGCGACGAUUCCGCGACCGCGUCAGCACGCGCACGAUUGAACAAGUUGAAAAAGCCGUGGAGGAACUGAUGGCGCAGGACGAAACUUCGAUUUUCCCUCCCAAGUUCGAGUUGGUGGAUAGCACAUCUUUGAAUCGCGUCGAGGGCUUGGUGCAAUCGGGAGCGUACGAAGAUGAAUACGAUGACGAGCAGGAUGCAUACGGUGAAGCGGAGGAAGAUAUGAUGGAUGACUUUGAGGACGCGCUUGCUGCUGAGAUGGAAGCCGCAUUGGCUGCCGGCGAUGACGAGGCACCCGGGGCAGGACCAGAGCAGGUAGACACUCCAUCAAUGCAGCCUUUCACGCCAGCUGGAGGACACACCGAACGCGGCGACACCUCUGCGGAUGAGAGCAAUAUUUCCGACGAGGACGAGGAAGAUGAGUUGGAUGACGAUCAAAUCGAGCAACAACAACAGCUCCAGCAACAGCGCGAGGAAGUUGCCGAGCUGGAAGCUCUCAUCCGAACUGAAACGGCACAAUGGGAGAAGGUGCAGAACCACAUUCUGCGCAACAAGAUGGGACGACGUAUCCAAGAACUGAAGAAGGACCUACAACUCAAGAAGGUCUCCAUGGGCAUGCCCGCCGGAGAUGAUAUCUGA